UGUGCGGUGUACGCGCCCGGGACUCUCUCCAUAGCUGGCAAGUGUAUGGGUGUCGCUGAAAGUAAAUCAUUGUCAAUGGUAGGUUGCAAAUUCAAGCAUUUUUGCGCCGAUUCACUUCGAGUCCCGAUUUUCCUAGCUCGCACGAUCGCUGAACAUGCACUUUUCUCACGUGAUCGUGGAAAAAGGAAUAGAGGCGUGUAACGAUACACACACAAAUGCGCGCACGCACACACACACGUACAUGUACACACAUUUGUCUCCGUUUAUCUUCCCUUGAAAUAAAACAGGCCAUUCAACUUGUCACGUUGAUAGUUGGUAAAUACUAUCAGUACAAACGAUGUCGGAUUGUAUCUUUCUUGGACAAAACUAAGGUGGAAAAGGUGGAAAUAGGCUUGAAGGAAAACGAACUUUACAUAGCGGACGAGGAAAAAUUGUGGAUACGUUAUUUAAAAGGAGCGUUGCGAACUUUCAAGGAAAAGUAUUCGUACAUUCCUGGUUUUCAAAUGGUAAUCGUCACCAACUUGCCUUCACAUUAUGAUCUUGGGAAGAACGCAGCCUUAAUCGUUGCUUUGUACAUGUUUCUUGAAACGGUAUCACACACGUAUACAGUAAAUAUUAUAGAGAAAGCGUUAAUGUGCCAUUCGGCGGAAAAAUUAGCGAUAAGAUCUCCUUACAAAGCCCGGAUCUCCGACGUCUUGAUCUCUGUUCUUGGAAAGGAGGACAAAAUUUUCGUCACCGAUGCAUAUUCUCUUCAUUUCGAUCAAUACGAUUGGAACAAUAUCGAUGCUGAAUUGAUUCUCAUAGAAUUAAAGAUUGAAAGAAAUAAAUCGUCGGAAUGGCAUAUAAAUAAGACACAAUACAGGGAAAUUAUGACAGUGAUAAACACGCAAUCCCGAUGGCGUACGCAUCCAAUUGGCAUGUCAAUGUUAAAAUAUUUAUUUCCGGAAAAAACGAUAAAAAUGAUUUAUGAUGCGAUUGAUAAGGAUAAAAGAAUAACAAAAAUAGGUUACGCAAUUCGAGAUGAACAGUGGGAAAAACUGGGUAGGAUAUUAUCAAAUGGUUUGAUAUAUUAUGUAACUUGUUUUCCAUUGUGUAGUAUUAAUAUUGUAAUAAUUGAUGUAAGCAAGUAUAUUUUACAUAUAUUGUUAAAACAUUACAUGAAACAUAGAUACAAUAUGUUAUUUAGGCUGUAGCUUUUUUUUUUUAAAUAUAUAUAUAUUUAUAUAUAUUUAUAUAUAUUUUGUUUUACAUAUAUAAUAGUAGGUCAUAUCUUUUUAACUUUGAUUAAUAUGUUUCAAAAAUUAGCCUAUUUAGGUACCGCAUAUUUCUUGUUAAAAGCAACUUAGCCUUUUUUUUUUACACAUUUAUACGCAAAUUUCAAUUCAAUAUUUAUUACAUUGUGUAUAUAUUAUAGGAGAGCUUUUGUGGGAAAAUCAUCGAUCUGUGUGUAAAUACUUGACUUUUUUAUCCGACGAUAUUAAAAAUAUCGAGAGUACAUUCAGAAUUAUCGAGGGAGUUUUAGGAGCCAGCGUUAUCAAUUAUGGUACAGCUAUCAUAACAUUGGUAAUUUAAUUACUCUUUUUAAAACAAAACAUUUAUUUUGAGAAAAAAUAAACAAAAA